AUGUUCUCCCGCGCCUCCUCCUUGACCGUCUUGAGUAGAAGCUGUCGCUAUCUUCUCCGCCCUCAAUUUCCCACCAGGGCAUUUUCCCUUACCGCGCGAUCCCACGCCGCCAUCAACGCCGCCAUGGCCGACACAUCUGGAAUCACUGCCGACUCCCUAAAGAACAAGUUGACCGAGACUCUGCAGGCGCUGCAUGUUGAGGUUGAGGAUCUGUCUGGUGGCUGUGGCCAGGCAUUCCAGGCCGUAAUUGUCUCUCCUCAAUUCGAGAGCAAGACCAUGCUUGCCCGACACCGUCUCGUCAACUCCGCUCUCAAGGCCGAGAUCGCUGCUAUCCAUGCUUGGACUCCCAAGUGCUAUACCCCCGAGCAGUGGCAAGCCCUGCAGCAGUAA